AUGCAAAUGUACAAAGGCCUGCCCAUCAUCACCAACAAGAUCACACUCAAAGAGCAGAAGGGGAUUCCUCAUCACUUACUUGGUAACAUCGAACUGGGCGAAGAUCCCUGGUUCGUGACCCGCUUCAAGCAGGAAGCCACUCGUAUGAUCUCUGAGAUCCGUUCCCGAGACAAACUUCCCAUCCUAGUUGGUGGCAGCUCCUACUACAUCGAUGGCCUCCUAUUUGACCAGAGACUUGUGGAGAACCAAAAGACCUCCGAAGAGGGCUGGAUCUCAAACCGCGAAAAACUGGCAGCGCAGCAUCCCAUCCUCAACAGCUCAGGCGAAGCUAUGUGGGCCAAACUUCGCGAAGUAGAUCCUGCCAUGGCCGACAAAUGGCACCCGAAUGACGUCCGCAAGAUUCGAACCUCGCUUGAAAUCUACUUUGCUACGGGCCGCACAGCAUCAGAAAUCUAUGCAGAACAGAAAACCAAGAAACGAGCCAGAUCGCCAUAUCAGGACCCAAGUCUUGGUGAUGUUCUCAUCUUUUGGCUCUAUGCCCAUCGCGACCCCCUCAACACUCGUCUCGACAAACGAGUGGACAAAAUGGUCAAGAACGGUCUGGUAGACGAAACUUCUGAAGUCUACGAGUACCUCCAAUCUCGUCUAGCCACCGGGGAAACAGUCGAUCGUUCCAAGGGAAUCUGGCAGUCUAUCGGAUUUCGCCAGUUCGAGCCUUAUCUCCAAGCCCGGAAGGAAAACCCGGAUGAUGAGGCCAAUCUAGCAAAGUUGAUGGCUGCCGGGAUAGAGGAUACCAAGACAGCGACCCGCCAGUAUGCUAAGUACCAGCUAAGGUGGAUGUCUACCAAGACCCUCACUUCUCUCCAGGAAGAGAACCUGAUGGACAAGCUCUAUCUCCUUGAUAGCUCCAAUCUCGACACCUGGCACCAAGAAGUCUUGGAAAAGGGCGUUUACAUCGCCGAGAAGUUUCUUACCAGCAAGGAGUCGCUCCCUGCUCCUAUCUCAAUCUCAGAGGCCGCUCGUGAGGUGCUGGCCGAGGCGCUUGAGAGGAGUAACCGAAAGGAUACACCAUGUCGAAAAUACUGUGAGGUGUGCGAAAAGACUUUGCUGACCGAGGAACUAUGGCAACAGCACAUCAAGAGCACGAAACACAGCAAGGUGGUAAGAGCAAAGAGGAAGAGGGCGUUGAUACCCGCCGACCGCGUUCCAUCAAGGGCGCUUACGAAGGUUGAUGAUGAUGAUAGCAAUUUGGAGCCAGAGACAAAAACACAGAAGAUCGAGGACGAAAAUCUACAAGAACAAAAUUUGGAAGGCAAAUAA